CCCGCCGGGCGGCCGGGGCGGGGAGCCGGCACAGAGCGCCGCGCCGCUCGGCAGCAUCAUCCGCGGCUGCGGGGCUGACACACGCCUCCAUCCUCCUCUGCUCCGGCAGCCGCUCGCACACGCCUCGCCGCGGCGAGGGAAGGCCGGCCGGCGGGCGGAGCGGAGCUGAGCGGAACGGGGGGCGCCGCGGCAGACAAAGCAAAGAUGGCAGGGAUCCUCGCCUGGUUCUGGAACGAGCGGUUUUGGCUGCCGCACAACGUCACCUGGGCGGACCUGCAGAGCACAGAGGAAGCCGCCUUCCCGCAGGCGGAGGACCUCUACCUCGCCUUCCCCCUGGCCUUCUGCAUCUUCAUGAUCCGGCUGCUCUUCGAAAGGUUCAUUGCUAAACCAUGUGCCUUAGGCCUUAAAGUCCAAGCCAACGGACCACAGAAAGCUCAACCUAAUGCUAUCCUGGAAAAAGUUUUCACAGCUAUUACAAAGCAUCCAGAUGAGAAGAGGCUGGAGGGCCUCUCCAAGCAGCUGGACUGGGAUGUACGCAGCAUUCAACGCUGGUUUCGACAAAGACGCAACCAGGAAAAGCCCAGCACUCUUACAAAGUUCUGUGAGAGCAUGUGGAGAUUUACAUUUUACCUUUAUAUAUUUACCUAUGGAGUACGGUUCCUGAAAAAGACACCCUGGCUCUGGAAUACCAGACAGUGCUGGAACGGGUAUCCAUAUCAGCCACUGCUGCCUGACCUUCAUUAUUACUACAUAGUUGAAUUGUCAUUCUACUGGUCCUUAAUGUUUUCUCAAUUCAUUGACAUCAAAAGAAAGGAUUUUGGCAUCAUGUUUACACAUCACAUUGUAACAGUCACCCUGAUAACCUUCUCAUAUGUUACCAAUUUGACAAGAGUGGGAACCUUGACCUUAUGUCUCCAUGAUGCGGCUGAUGUUGUCCUAGAGGCUGCCAAAAUGGCAAACUAUUGCAAGUGUCAAAAACUGAGUGACCUUCUGUUCCUUACAUUUGCCAUUGUCUUCAUUGUCAGUAGGCUUGGCAUAUAUCCCUUAUGGAUAUUAAACACAACAUUGUUUGAACUGUAUGAAGCUCUGGGCAAUUUUCCUGCCUUGUGGAUCUUCAAUGUGCUGCUUGUGAUUCUUCAAAUUCUGCACUGUUUUUGGUCUUACCUAAUCAUAAAGGCAGCCUACAAAGCAAUUUCAAAGGGCAAGGCUGGGAAGUGGAACCCGUUGCAUGUAGCAAAGGAUGACCGAAGUGACAUUGAGUCAAGCUCAGAUGAGGAAGAAACAGUACCUCGUUCAAAGACCCUGCACAGCACUAUCGCCACUAAUGGGACUAGCGGUGCCAAUGGGACAAAUGGGUAUCUUACUGGUGGCACUUGCUCAGAGGAGCAUUAAUCCUUGAGUUCAAUCAUGAGACACGAACAGAAUGAACUGUUUGCUACUGGAAGUAAAUUAUAAGUUGUGAAUGCGGUUUCUUCAUAUAUCUCAGCAUCAGAAAAAAUUAGGAGUAUCAAAGCAUUCUGAUAGCGCACUGCCAUAUUUCCUGUUCGUGAAUGAAGACAACACACCAUUCUGUAUACGUAGGCAUGCUGUAUGUGUAUGUAACUGACACAAUGGGAGCAGUAUUUUCACUUGUACUGUCUUUGAAAUAUUAUUUAUUUUGUGUUCUUUUGGGAACUUCUGGACAAAAGGGAAUAUCCAUUCUCAACCUUUAUUUCUUCGGAUUCUCAGUGGUAGAGAGCAUCAUGCUCAGAUCUCUUCUGUCCAUCCCUGUUGCUUUUGCUGAGUCUGCUAUAAGUAAUAGUUGCUUGAUUUGUUACUUACAGUAAGAUAGAACAUAGCUUUAUAGAUUCUAGAUCUGCUUCAGAUAUUUUUGCUAUCUUUGUGUUUUAAAGUGCUGGUUUUGAAAUUGCCUAUCAAAUCACAGUGGCCGUUCCUCCAACAUAAAGUUUUAAAACACUGGAUUGAUAUUUUAAAUAGUAGGUAAUGUGGUGGAUUAGCAAUUUGGGGAAAAAAACUGUGGUAAUUGUGGGAUAUUAUUUUAGCAUAAUUUAAAAUUCAAUUUGGUGGUUAAUUGCAUUAGAAGUAGACUUGAUUUGUUGUGCAAAUACCCAAAAGCAUUGAUGUCAAUGAUUAGGAUAAACUCAUUCUCACUUUUUUCUUUUUUGCCUUGCAAUUUUUGACCUCUACAGAUUUUAGCUUUUUGCAGAGAUUCCAUGUUGAAAGGUGUUUGUUCAAGUGCACCAUUGUGAAUCCAGACAUCACUCCUGAAACUGUUCUUGCACGUUCAGAUGGAUCAGAGCAGGGGUGUAAUGGAAAAAAUAGCAGAUGAAAAGUUCAUUGCUUCCUCGGACACAGUUCAGUCUAGGUAUCGUUCUUAUUGCCACUUUCUUGGUAGGGUGAAGAGAGAGAAGGCAGAAUGUCAUACAUUACUAGGAUUAGUUUAUUUUAAAUGCAUGAAAACUUAAGCAAAAUUCAGUUAAUGUAAUUCACAGCAAACUUUGAAUGCUCAGCAGUAUUUCAUCACCUCUACAAAUAAAAUUAAGGGUGUCUGUAAAAUAAUUUUGCACUCCUUUUUCAUCCAAGAUUUAGAAACUGUCCCAAAGAAGACAAAGUAACACCCAAAAUAAACAUCUUUUUAAACAUUAUAUACACACUUCUUCCAGUCUCUAGAUCAAAGUUUGAUGUAGGAUGCUAGGGAUCAAACAACUCUUGCAGGACACUGGGGUUUUUUGACAGCAGUGCCAAAAGUAGGCAAGGUUCUUGGGUAACAGACUCUAUGCAACCUACUGUUCAACAGUAUUGUUUAUGUGCACACAGAACCAAUGUGCUUAUAGACCAAAGACUUAUAUAUAUAUUUAAAAAAAAAAAGGAAGGAACAAACCAGGAAAAAAAUGUAACAGUGUGUCUUCUAUAUACAAAGAGAUUGGAGUGCCGUGUUCAGCUGGAACUCUAAGCCAGGAGAUCUUUCUGAUUCCUUCCACCUAUGCAAAUAGCAAAAUAUAGAUGGUUUCUGAUGCCAUAAAACAUGUUUAAAGGCUCUAUUUUAUACAGAAUCCAUGGAAGAAAGUUGUGUUGCCACUUCUUUCUUUUGAAAAACUGAGAUUUGUCCUAUUCUACUGGUCACUCUUGAAAAUUUCUGAAACCUUUAUUAUCCAUAGGGACCCUUGUGUGUUAGCAAAAAAUGUGCUAAAAGUAAAGGCAGAAUGGCAUGAAUGAAAAUAAUACCUCCACUUAGUAGACAAUAAAGGUAAGGAAACUGAAAAACUGUAAAUCAUAGAAGAGCUGUCAGUUUUACUACCCACAGAGCAUCUUUCGAAAAAGCCAGGUAACCUUGUAAUUCAGCAGCUGCAUAGCUUCUAUGUCCACAAGUAUAUCUGAGGGGGCAAGGAAAUCUUAUUUAAAUCUCCUUCUCCCCCAAAAGUUUCUCUGCCUCUAAUUUUUCUCAUCUGUCUCCUGUGCCUCUGAUUUCAUACAGUUAUCUGCAGGGCAGGUUAUACAUGUGAAAAUACAGUGGUUGCAAUAAAAAGUAUCCUAUCCACAGUAUUUGAACUGGUGGUUGUUUAAUAAUUACUGUCAAAAUGAUACCAAGAUUUUAAAACAAAACCAUCCUGAGAGAUUUUCAAUGAACAUUAUAAUUUCUGAAAUAUGACCUGCUAGGAUGGUAAUUGAGAAUAGCAGUUUAAACACACCUCUUUCAUGGUGUUGAUUACUACCUCCACUGGACCAUUUCCCAUCUGCAAAGAUGGUUACAAAAAUGGCAUUCUGGCAAAAUAUUUUGUCUUACAUGGGGACAGAAUGUUGCUCUGAACUAUCAACGUAGGCAACAUACAAUAGUACUGUAAUGUUGUUGAUACCAGGACAGAGAGCGGUUCCCAAUAACAAUCCCUGUGGAAGAGGCAGGAGACCUUUGGUCCCUGUUGGUCCUCCCCAGUUGUGCUCUAUAGUGUUGAUUCAGAUGUACAGUCAAGGCUACAACCCUUGAAAUUAUUUACCAUCACUGGCUACAUAUGCUCUUAGUGUAUCCCCAAUCUUAAAUAAUGCAACUUGGAUUGAAACUCCUCCUUUAAGGUUUAAAUGCAGUUUGCAUCUUUGAUGCGCUAAAGCAUGUACACAGUUACCAUGGUUCAGCUGACUCCCAGUGACUUACUUAUCUCCUAUAAACCUGGGUUUUGGAGUCCUUUCUUAGCAGCCUAGAAUAAACUUAAUACAGAUAUGUCUGGAAAAUAGGUGAGGUGAGAGAUUCAGAUGACACAUUUGGGGAAGUGGGGUAAGAGUAAGGAAGCACUGAGAACUUCACUAAAUUUUGCUAAACAAUCACUAAACUUGCAAGCUACAGUUGUUUUAUGAAAAUUAAAAAUUCACACAAUUCUUUCUGUCUUUCUUGGGAAGGACCAAGCGUUUUAGUGACCAUACACGGCAGUGUGUUUUAAUUCAUUGCGUUAACCAAUGGAUGUCAAAACUUUGGCUCCAUCUUCCACCCUGCUGAGAGAAUGUCUUGCAACUAUUUCCUUUUUCAUUUGAAUUUGUUUGCUUCUCUGCUGAAGAGCUUUGCAAGGUGCUUUUGGAGGCCAUCAAGAAUUUAGAGGAUAAUCACAUAUAUUCCAGGAAAUUGAUUGAAAUGAUUCGCAUGGCUCAUGGUAAAUGCGAGAUCUUAAAAUGUUCUGUAUAUUCGUACCUUUUGUAGAAUUGUCACUUUAGUCAUUUUAGAAAUGAUGGUUUGUACUCUAUAACCUAUUUGUCUUCAAGUUCUAUGCUACCUUUUUAUAGUAUGGUACAUGACACAGUGGUUGAGAUGUUGAAGUAGAAAAAUGAGGAAAUUAUAUGUAGAGUUUAUUAGUAAAUAGUAAGAAUUUGUCUUCUCUCCCUAGCCAGCCCAGAAUAUAGUAAAAUAAGAUUCAGGUCUCCCUUUGUUUACUUUUUCCCAUAUUGGCAUAUUUUGUACCAAAAGAAAAAUAUAUGGUGGGGUUUUUUUUUCAUAAGGAACUAAAACCAAACACUGCAGAAAAUGGUAGAAAUAUCUGAUCGAACAACAAGGGUGGACGUUGGAGUCUUUUGGAUCUUGAUCAAUGUUAAAUAGUGCUAGUUCUAAAAUACCAAAGUGUCCCAUGCUGUUUCCUUGUUGCCAUUUUGUAGUUUUUUCUAUGUGUUAUUUAUUUAAUGAUUCCAGCAGAAUUGGAACAGGUGUGACAGCUUCAUAUGCUCCUGUCUCAGCCUGUGACUGUUCUGUGUGAUUGACAAUACCAAAUCCUUUUUCUGAGACCCAAGUAUAUGGACUAAAGCUUUGCUUACAGUGAAGUGAUUCCUGUCUUAAAUCUGUAUCUGUUUCAGGUGACAAUCACUUGCUGGUUCUGAACAGGACACGACGGCAAAAGCCGUUACCCUGCAGCAAACGUCAAUGAUGAUCAACACUGGUUGAUAUAGACACCGCAUUUGUUUUACGCAGAGCAUUCUAGUAGGAAGCCUAAUGCCUGUUUCAUUCAUCUACUCAUUACUGCAGCCUUCCAUAUUCUCAGAGAAAUAUGGGCUGCCAUUGGUUUUCUACAGUUGAUGCUUUGGUAUUUUUUUAAUCUCUUUGCUACAACUCAUUUUUGUACGUCUCUCUACUGUCUACUUCUUGUGACAUUUGUGUGAGAGGAGCUAUCGAAUACUUUUUACCCUUCCUGUAAUGUAGACCCUAUUAGGCCUAACUUCAGUGUUCUGCAAACUACAGUUGCCUUUAAACCGUAAAGCAAAACCAGUUUGUAUUACUUGUUUUGACUGGUUUUGAUUUGGAAGAGGGACCUAAUGGGAACUUCCGUAAGACAACCUUACUCUUUUUUUCUUUUCUUUUUAAAAAGCACUCGUGGAAGUUUGGAGUGGUGUACCUGUAUAGCCUUUAAAUUGUAAAGAUUUCUGAUUGUAGUUGCAAUGAAAACACAGUGUUUGAGUGUGUCUGUACAGAAUUCUCAGGCUUUGAAAUUGCUUUCAGUUAAAAAACUGGAGGAAAUACUAUGAAAUGGUGUUUUGGAGCCAUGACAAUUGAUCACACAUGUCAGACAAAAGACAAAAAUGAUUGUUGUAAAUGACCUGAAAUGACCUGUGCAACAAACACAUUUUCUGGCUUCUGUUGAGCUUCAGCUUCUUGCAGUCCCGGGGUUUAACUUUUAUACACAAGCUCUCAUACCCUACUGUAUAUGUUGGCUGCCUGUCGCAAGUCAGGGUGAGGCAGAUGACACUAUUUCACCUGUGUUUUCAUGACAAUCCUGUGCUUGAGCAACUCUUUCAGAAAUGCAGUGAUGUGUAGGAACUCCACUGUCCCAGACACAGUGAUGUGCUAGCUAGAAGUCCUUUCUUGUAUAGCUGUUGUGUAGAACUUUGGGAGUUAUUUUGUGUUUAGCUCGGUUGGUUUGGGGUUUUUUUAAUAUGGAAAAUAAUUAUUCCUCAUAAAAUCUCUGGAACCAAUCAGUAUUGUGGGCUAUUUUAAUUUGGAGACACUUUAAUAAUAAACAUAAGUAUUAGGAA